UACACGUCUGUUGAAGUUUUGUCUGGUGAAGUUCUGCAGUGGUGAAACUCCACGCGAGAAUCCGCGAUUUUAUACAAAGUUUCAAGUUAUUGUAGUGCACACCACACACAAAGGUUCGGAUUGUCGUUCCGGUUCGCGGAACAGCCGGGGGUUUGACGGGUGUCGAGUGACCGCCCGAGGAAGAAUGUGCUGAUUCGGUGAAGUUCUGAAGUUGCUUCUGGAGUUGCCGGAGACUGUGUGCGCGCGUGUGUUUCGGUACGCCGAUUUUGAGGGCCUUGGCCACGGUUGGCCGGUUUUUGGCCAUUUUUUUAAGGUUUCGUGGAUGUUUUGUGAUAAGGUCGCCAACAAUCUCUGGAGAAGUGAGGCAACUCGGAGUUCGACAACUUUAGAAAACCGGAAGCCUUAUCUUGAUUGGAGAAUCUCCGAAGAGUUGCAACAAAGUUGUCGCGCUUGAGUGGGUUCGAAGUCUAGUUUCAAUCGGGUGACUUCCAGUGCAAACAACGCGAAAAAAUCGUGCAAAUUUGAACCAGUGCGUGCCGCUUACUCCCUCAGUACACUGAGCAGAAUCAACACGGUGAAAGAAUGAAGUUGGAGUCACGAAAAGGGUUCAGCUUUGACAGCUUGUCAGCGGUACCGGCACAGAACAGCUGGUCCUGAAGAGUGCGAGUGCGUGUGACAAUAGUAGAAAGUGUCUCCGGGGGUCAACGCCGGAUAAGACGAAGAAGAUAUCGAACGGUGAAGAAUAAUCAACGGUGAACCUGAACCAAGGUUAGAAGAGGCCGCCUUCCCAAGCUAGUGCAAGCCGUUUUUGGGGGUCUUCGACAGUGAAGUUUCGACGAAGAUCUAUAACUUACCGUUCCGUCUGUACGAGGAGUUUCGACGAAGGCUGUUGUGGAGCGGUUUAAGUGUCAGCAGGCAGGCAGGCAGUGUUUAAUCAGUGCUCUGCCAACUUUUCCGUGCGUGUAUUUCCGUGAAAAAAUUAAGUGCUCGCGAGUGUUGACUUCCGGUGAACCCCAUUCCUACAAUCGAACCAGAUAUUCUCCGCGUUCAAAUGUCACCGUUCUAGGAGGACCACCAAGUGUGUCGCAAUGUCCAAAACGAUCGAAACGCACCUGCAGAGCAACGAGGUCCGCAUCCCGAAAAAGUCCUCCGGGACGGAAUUCGACGUGUCCGCGACGGCUGCACCGUGCCAGUACUUUAAGAGUUCCUUCGCGCGGUCACUCUCGUUCAGCCAGGGUGGCCAGGGUCAGUACGGGGGGGACCAGAACCACUUUACCCGGUCGCUGGACUUUGAGGUCAACUACGGACUGUCCACCAUUCCGGACGGCGGGGGUUCGUCCCAGACGACACCGUCGGCCUCGCCGGUCUUUGAGGCGCCCGAGCUGGGCCACGGUGGGAGGACGACCAAAGUGAGCAACGGGAUCUCCGCGGCCAACGGAGGGGUCGUCAAGACGCUGUGGAACUACGGCAAAGGAUCGCCCUCCAAGUCGGCCUCUCCCGGGGGAACUCCGUCCAAGUUGGCUUCCGGUGCAGCCGUCGCAGCAUCCACAGCAUCUGCAGCAGCAGCAAUUUCCGGCUCCGGCUCAUCUUCGUCUACGCGAAAGAGCGUUGAGGCCAACGAAAUUGAGGUUCUACGACUACGAAAGGAAUGCCAAAAUCUCAUCGAGGAGAAUCGCCGUCUGGUGAAUCUGGCCGCCAAUAGCGGGUACGCUAUCAACGGCCUGAUGAACGGCAACGGAGGUCACGGAGGCCACGGUGGAGGCAGUUCCGGCAGCAGCAGCUUGACCAGCAGCUUGGGACUGGGGCUGGCAGGCGGAGGUGGUGGAGCGGCGGCUGCGACCGUGGCCGGCAUGUACUCGACCGUGGAAUCUGUGAUACUGCAGACGCAGGUGGAAACGCUGCAGUGGCAGCUCAAGCAGGUCGAUUCCAGCCGGCAGAUGUACCGCGCCGUGAUGGAGGAAGUGGUUCGAUACUUGGACCGGUGCUACCGCAGUCUGGACGUGAUCGGAACCAACGGCACCGCCAACAUCGGUCGGUCCAAGAGCGUUCUGCAGGUGUCCCGCGUUCCCAGCAGCAGCAGUAGUAGCAUCCACCACAACCACGAUUCGGACAGCAGUAACGCGAGCAGUCCCCGGGCACGCAGCAGUACGAAUUUGAUCGAUGUGCAGCAAAAGUCGCAGUCUUACACCAAAAAGCAACAUCAACUGCAGCAGCAGCAGCAGCAAAACCAAUCCGGAACGACGACGGCCAAUGGGACAACUGCUGUGACGAAUGGGAACCACAACUCGAUGCUGCUGGAUGAGGACAGCGUCGUGUCACCGUCACCCGCCGGAUCGUAUAGCACCUUUAGGGACUUUACGUGGCGCCGCUCGCCAAAGCGCCAACCCAACCAACUGCCAGCGACUCUGCCAAUUUCCGGCGCCGAAGUUGACCCGGAGAAGCUGGCCCAGGAGGCGUUCCGGCUGCUGCGGACGGUCCAGAAUCUGCUCAACACGCAAGAGCCGACGCUGUCCAGCCAGUCCUCGAGCUCAUCGGCCGAGCUGGACAGUUUGCUGCUGUUGGCCGGCGCGAGUGUUGGAGGUGGGGGAGGUGGAUCGACUACUGGAAGUACGACCACGUUGACGGGGGCGGGUGCCGUGGCUUCCGCCCCGGUUGUGAACACGAGGAGUAACGUUGGGUUCAGUAGGAAGUUGAACAUGCGCGGGAGUCGGCUUUCGCUGAGGAGCAGUACGGACGAUUCGGUGCACUCGACGUCGUCUUCGAACAACGAGGACAACACGGAUCGACCAUCUCCGCCGUUGGGGCAUCACCUGAACCACCAUCUGAACCAUCACCAUCAUCCGGGGAGUAGCAGCAGUAGCAGCACCAGCAGCAGUUCCGGCCACCUGGUCAACCACCGGCACUCGGCGAACAUCGACCGGAUCAAGGAGAUGAUGAUCGCGAGUUCCGCCGAGGACGAGUCCGGCUUCAGCUCGAUGAACUCGUUCCAGGAGAUUGGCCUCCCCCUGGUCAACUCCACCAUGCUGUCCACCAACUCCUCCGCCGCCUCCUCCACCGGGUCCGUGUCCUUCGUCUCAGAUGAAUCGUCCGACCUGCGGGACGCCACCGUCAUCCCGACGAGCAACGUAACCACGAUCGCCAUAAACCCGCCCAAGCUGGGCAUUCCCGCCUCGAAGGCACCGGAAAUCCCGGCCCGCGUCACGCAAUCCGCGGCGUACGAGCACCACAACCACUUUGUGAAUCACCGCCGGUGGGAUUCGGCGCCGGUCGUGCUGCCGCAGAAGCUCAAGAUUCACCAGAACGGCGGGGGAGGAGGAGCGGGGGGUGAUUCCGACUCGGGAGUGUCCUCGCGGGUGCUGUGGGUAUAGCAGCGGUAGAACCCGUUCUGUUUUCGACUUUUUCCCUUCUUUUGUCGCGUUUAGAGGGAGAGAUUGAGGAGUUUAUUUAAGCGGAGGAGAAAAGUAGGUGAAAUGAAAAAGUCGAUUUGGAAUGAAUCUGGAAAAGUGUGAC